UGGCGGUGGGACCAAUAUUCUUUCGAUCAAUCCUCAGGUAAACAUCGUAAGCUACAGGACAUGACCAGGACAGCGCAUCACCCUCAUCCAACUCCUUCCUUCCCAGUGUAUUGCCUUGACUGGGCUGACGACGCUAAUCUGGUACUUGGAGGUGGUGGCGGAGCAACCCGAAGCGGCAUUCAAAACAAGCUGAAACUGUGCAAAGUCUCAAAGGAUGGAAAAUACUUGAGUUAUUUGGCGGAACUCCCCCUCAGUAAUGAUGAAGAUGCGCCCAUGACUAUGGCCAUCGACAAAGAGACCAAGCGCAUAGUCACGGGCAUCAAUGGUUCUUCGUCGGCCGUUCAGGCUGGAAAUAAUGACCAUUGCAGAGUUUAUUCAUUCAGUGAUAAUCGAAUUGAGCUCGUCGGAGGGCAGAAAACCAUAGAGGCUGAUUGGUCCGACGAUUAUCCGUACCAAAAAUUCACUGUCCUUUCAUCCUCGUCUAAGCUACUCGCGGUUGGAAGCACCGAUAAUAGGGUGUCAAUCCUGCAUUUCCCUUCACUUGAACCUGCAGCCCCCGCAUUUUCCACGGAUUCUGAACUCGUGGAUCUUGACUGGGGAGGCCCCGAGGGUGAAUGGUUGUGUGUGGCCACGACGAAUGCGCUCUUAAUUUACCUGCGUCCCUCUGCCGGAACGGCCAUGACAUUGAAGCAAACGAUCUACCCUCCAAGCUUCGACAUCGUCCCAGCCAUAUUCCGUUCGGCCCGUUUUUCCCGUAACCCUUCAACGCCUUUGAACAUUCACGCUGUCCUGAACUCUACCAAACCCGCAAAGCGAGGUGCGGCGAGAAAGGCGUGGGUAUGCACAUUUGGAGUUGUUGCAGGACCGAGUCAGGCGAAAUUGACCGAGGAGGAGAAGGCUACAGCGAAGAUCGAAGAGGAGAAAGGAAAGGAGAAGGAGACAGCGAGCGAUCCUCAGGAGGACGUGGGGAAGUGGGAUGUAUUGAUCAAGAGGGAAGUUGCUGGAAAGCCUGUAACAGUAUUCGAUGUCAGUUCUGAUGGGAGACUUAUCUCAUAUGGAUGCUCUGAUCUCUCGAUCGGGAUUCUCGAUUCCAAAACGUUGGCGCCCCUUCUCAAGAUCCUUCACGCCCACUCAUUUCCUCCAACUGCCCUCAAGUUUAAUCCUUCGGCUUCCCUUCUUGUGUCUGCGAGUGCCGACAAUACUGUUCGCGCCAUCGUUGUACCUGCUAAAUUUGGUGGACUAUCAACACCUAUGGUCAUAUUGUUGUUGGCGCUUUUGGCGUUGAUUUUGGCCCUUGCACUCAAACGGUGACCAUGUUAGGUAAUUUGAGGUUUAUUUACUUUUCAGGUCAGAGCGACGUUGUAUUUUAGUGAUAGAGAGGCUGCAUGCAAGUAGUGUUAGAUUAGAGUUGAAUAUGCUACUUUUGACUUUAU